UUGUGGUGUAAUUUGGGGAUUGAUUUGAACCAGGUGUGCAACAGCCAAAUAACCUAAGUGGGGGGGGGGGGGAUAAAACCGUGAAUGUCAUUCAUAAAACCCAAGGUAGUUGAAAUCGAGUUUAAAUUUACUGAUCUUGUAAGUUUCGUUUCUGACAGUUGAGCAGAGGACGCAGGAGCUUGAAGCACCGACUCAUCUUUUAUCUCCUCCGUAAAACUACACGAAGACUUUUCUGGAAAACAGCAGACUUUACCACAGGUAGCAAUGGCAGAAAUGAGACACGGAUUGAUGGUGGCUGUCUUCGUGCUGGCGACAGCUUUCACUUUAGCUGAGGAAAAUGCUCGAUGGCCUAAGCCGGUUGCCAGCUUGAUUCCUCCUGCUCCGUUUGUCACCACACCGCUGAUCACCACCACUCCAAAAACAACAACUUCCCAUACCAACACAACUACUGUUCCUCCAACUACCCACAGUACAACAGCAAAUGUAACUACUGUUCCUCCAACUACCCACAAUACAACAGCAAAUGUAACUACUGUUCCUCCAACUACCCAGAAUACAACAGCAAAUGUAACUACUGCUCCUCCAACUACCCACAAUACAACAGCAAAUGUAACUACUGUUCCUCCAACUACCCACAAUACAACAGCAAAUGUAACUACUGCUCCUCCAACUACCCACAAUACAACCACUCCUUAUCCUACUCCACCUGCACCAACUCCAAAAACCAAUGUCACAAAGGGCAACUACACCGUGCUGGAUGGAAACAAGCUGUGCAUUAUGGUCCAGGCGGUAAUCCAGGUCCAUGUCAACAACAGUCAGGUGGCUGGCACCUAUAUUGUUCCAGAAAGUGCUAAAGGCACUGGCAAAUGUGAAAGCAAUACUGCUAGUCUCAAAAUUACUUUCUCAGAGGGAUACAUCUCUAUGAACUUCUUCAAGAAUGACACUACAAACAUUGUCUUCGUCAACUCUGUGGCUGUCAACCUGAAAUAUGCCUUCAAGGCUGGAGUUUUGACACCUGUGGUGGCGAAUAAUAAUUCGGUGCAGCUUUUCACCAUGGCAACGGGUCACUCCUAUUCUUGCAAGUCUGAGUCAGUCUUCAUGGGUAAUGGUAUCUACCUGGAGUUCAGUCAGGACAGGAUGCAAUCCUUCAAUUUCACCAAGAACCAGUUUGGUCCCCUUGACCUGUGCAAGGCUGACCAGCCGGAUUACAGAGUGGCCAUUGGCGUAGGAGUGGUGCUGCUCAUCCUCAUCAUCAUCGUAGUCGUGGCUUAUCUAAUCAGUAGGAGGAAGAGAACAGAUGGCUACCAGACUCUCUGAUGGGAAAAAUCCAUAAAAGGACAGCACCAUCAUCUGUGCAAGUUAAAUCUAGCAUGAUGCUCUUAGAUGAUUUUUAUGAAGCAGACCUUGCUUUUACAUGUGUUCUGUUGAGGUUUGCUCCAUUUAAAGAAACAACUGACAUUUAAUCCAAGCAUCUGCUGCUGCUCCGUUUGUAGGGCACACAAUACAACAAUUAGAGGUCUGACAUCACAAAUGCAUAUUGUACUAUUGAUUUCAAAAAUUAAACAAAGCUUGGCUUCACUUUCCUCAUGUGUCCAUAAUGUGUGCAUAAAGCAUUCAGUAUACUCAUGUCACAGCAUUUUCUUAUCUUAAUACUUUUUUUUCCCCUUAAUUCCUGAAAACGAGUUCAAACUGUUGUCUUGUGCCAUCAUUGCUGCUCUCAAGUGUUUUAAAUCCUAUCCAUGUCCAGCUGUUUGGACAAGAUGACACUAUUGAGGACAUGAUGCCUCUACUAAAAUAUCUUUGACUUAAAUCCAGUACUUAUGGUUUCCACAGUGACAGCUGGGUCUCAUAAAUAUUCUAAUUGGCCUAUGAAAUAAUAUAACUAAUCUUUAUAUAAAACCUUUCCUCUUGCCCAGAUUAGGUUCAUCCUAGUUCAAUGACUUACCAUGUGAGAAUAUCAGAUGCAAAUGACCUCAUUAACCAGAAUAAUUGUCAGUCUCCUAAUUUCUGUAGAAAACAAGUCCAGUCUCUUCUGACAUGUUUCAAAAUCCUAUGCACUGAAAUGAGAAUUAAGGUUAUAAGGGAAUGUUUUGACGUUUGUAUGUACAUUGCAAAUAAUGAUGUUUGCUGUCUUGAUCAAGUCUGUUUUCAGAAUAAUGAUUCUCUGUGUAAGGCUGUAAAUUGAACAAAAAGGAUUUUAGGGAUUUAUGGUAAUAAAUUAAACAGGUUGGAUGGGGGGGGCGAUUGGAGCAGAACUGAUAGCACAUUAUUUUUGAAUGUUCAACCUAGUUAUCUCUAUGUUCAAAUUUAGUUUGAGGAAAUUGUGCUUGUGCUUGUACAGCUGUCUGGUUGACAGCCCAACAGUUGCUGAUGUAUCUGUUUAGCAUUAUGUCUUUUCCAAGAAUAGACAGCAUCUGGGAAAGAAUAAAGGGAAUGUUCUGUGAA